UUUCCUCGUCCAGUCUCUAGUCACCCUCCUAACCAUUUGAAUCGCCAAACACACAGCACCAGAUCGUCUCUAUUCUCCUAAUUGGAAUUAUACAGGAAAUUUGGGAUUUUUACCCCGCGUUGUUCAAUCAGUUUGGGCUUUGAUUUCAGACGGCAGCAAGAUGCGUUCAAAUUGCCACCUUGUCUCACUGGUAGCUCUCUGCUUGAUCGUUUCCUUCACUUCGGCAGGACUUAUCAAGCGGAUCCAGCAGAUCCCGAAUCCUUUGUCUUCAUUCCUGCAGGGAUGGAAGGAAUCCAACGCCACGGAAACGGACGAGACUGUGGAGAAAUUGAGUCCGCCGCCAUUGCCGACCGUUUACCCCAACGUGACGAGCUACUCGCAUUACAAAUCAGAGGGACUGACGGUCAGCACCACAGUAGUCGUGCCCACGGCAGACGGCGGCCAACGAAAUGUAGAUUUGUGCGAAGGAAAUAUUCUCGUUCCGCUGUCCAACGACCGCAACACUUUGAUCGAGGAAACGUUCAAAUCGACACGAUUCCCGUACGAGCGCUCGACUCCGCUCAUCUGUUCAUGGAACGUCAGGGUGAGUGACAAUUGCAGACGGGGACUUGUCACGAUGACAAUUAACAAGCGAAGUCGAUUGGCCGAAAUGGACGGAUGCGCCAAAGGAUAUUAUCGAGUCUCUCCUUUUAUGAAAGAUGCAAAGAUCUGCGGACGUAUUGAGACGAUCCCCACCUUCCAGUGGUACGUGGAAGAUCAGCAGCCGGAAAAUGUGACGAUCGUUUUGAAACAUUUCGGACUCAACGACGGAUACUGGGAGGGAUUAUCUUUCACCCUGUCUGGUGAAUGUCUUCCAAACAAAUCGGAUUUGUCCGUCAGCAAGGCCGUCAAAUCCUACAGCAAUUGGUUGCAUCAGCUCGAACGAGAGUCAGAAGCCUUGGAUCUUGUAGUGGUCACGCCCUAAUCGAAUCAUUUAUAAUAACCCACCGGUCGGGAGUCGUGCGAUAAAAGGGGAAUCUCGUCUAUAAAGGUUUUUAUUAAGAGAAAAGGUGUUUUACUCACUCUUAGACUUGUCGCCAUGGUUUCUUAUUAUUAUUUAUUAUCUCCACCCAAAUUGAAUUAUUUAGGAAAGUGAUGCAAUUUCUUAUUCACGUAUCCCCCCAGGCAUAAUUUAAAAUUGUAUACUUUUUAACCACGAAUAAUCCUGUAUUUUGUCGUAUCGAAUAAACGAGAGAAAAAGUGAA